AUGUUUAAAUCAGUGAAAUCCACACGUCGAAUCGAAGAUUCCGAUUCAAGUGCCGAUGAAGUAUGCGGCGAAGUAAUCAAGGACCAGGUCGAUGUCGUAGAGACCGAAGAAGAGGAACUUCAAGAAUCCAACAGCGACACUGAUAACUCGACCGGUGAUGAAGUUGACAACCAAAACCAGGAAAGCGAAUCCAGUUCUGACGGCGGCACACCAGACACACGUUUGUCAAGGCCCCCAUCGAAAUCUCCGCCGGCCGAUGUAGCGAAACAUAACGAUUCAAGUCAUCCGGCGUUGGACCGUACCAAUGCCGACCGGAUCGACAGGAUGGAAGAGAUGAUUGCCAACAUGAACAACUUCAUGAAUCGUUUUGAGGCACAUACCAGACCAGCACCGACCGACAAUGACGAUGGAUGGAAGUCUUCCAAUGACGUUCAUCCACGCGGAAGUGGUGAAAAUUCCUCUUCUAGCAUCCGGUGGGAUCACCUGAAACCAUUCCCAUCUGGCAUUGCUGCUAACAAGAUGUGGGAGGAAUUCAACCGCUACGUAGAGAAUUUUGAGAUAGCAGCGUCACUCAACAAUGUGAACGACCCAGUCAAGAGGAGCCAGCUGCUAUUUCUCUCCAUCGGCGAUGAGCUGCAAGGAAUAGUGAAAGCAGCGAAGUUGCGCCCGAAUUUGACAAACUCGAACUGCUACAGGACUCUUGUUACGAACAUCCAAACCUACCUCCGAUCGAUGACGGACACCGCAGCCGAGCAUGAAGCUUUCUCAAGGAUGAAGCAGGAGAAGGGUGAAUCGUCAGUUGCCUCCCAUGCACGGCUAAUGGGCAAAGUAAGAUCGUGCAACUACAGCGCACAUGACGAGGAUAGGUUUGUACGAGCUCAACUGCUGUCAGGCCUCAGAAAUCGAGAGCUGGUGAAACAGUCAAGGACAUAUGGCUACGACACAAACUUCAUCGUCCAGUCGGCGACACGGAAUGAAGCAUUCGAGUCGGAGAAUGGGCAUUUGGACGAAUGUAGUGUAUUACAGAUAAGAAACGGCCGGACCCGAGAAUCUAAAGGAGGAUGGAAUCGUAAGCGCCCAGGUGCAGAAGAAAGACCAGCUGGACCACAAGCAAAACAGCAGCGAAAUGCCGAGUUCAACCGACGUACACAAGCACGUCGCACGCGCUGCAUUAGAUGCUCCCUAUUCAACCACAGAAACGGACAAUGCCCAGCGACAAACCGCAACUGCAAUGAGUGUGGCAAACGUGGUCACUUUGCAGCAGUCUGUCGCCAGAAACAAAUCAACGUCAUGCAAACCACACAACACUUCAACCGAUUGGAUCGGCUCGAAGACCCAGACGACGAUGUACAGGACAACAAACAGCUCGUCAAUGCUCUUAAACUUGAGGAUGCAAUCGUAGCUUGCUCCAUCGGAUCAUCGACCCCCAUACGCUUCCUUAUCGACUCGGGAGCAGAUGUAAACGUCAUCGGAGGUAUUGACUGGUCACGUUUGAAGCAAGAAGCACAAACGGGAGUUGCAAACCUGGAAAUCAUCUACGAGUCGGAAAAAUCUUUACAUGCCUACGCUUCUAAAAAACCAAUGGUCGUUGAGUGCACAUUCAAAGCCGAAAUUAUCAGUGGGUACUACCAACACUGGUACUCGUGCAAUCUUCCAUGUGGUACCGAAAGGAAAAAGGUCGCUACUCGGGCGGUCUACUGCAAGUGA